AUGGUUGCGCCAGCUGUCCCAGAGCUUACGGAAGAGCUCCUCAACGAGUCCAUUGAAGCUAGAACAGAGACACUAGCUGCCUUGCGCGAAUUAGGUCCCCCAGACUUGGUACAAUUGAUCAAGCAAGCUCCGAGGAAUCCUGGAAAACAGAUUGGUGUUUAUCACCAUGUCACCGGUGUCGACGCGUCCUCCUCUGCUAGUUUGGCGGCCUAUAUCAAUACUCUUACAUACAAGGAGACCAAUCAAUCCACCACGAAGAUAGUAGAGGGCGUUUAUUGUUGCUACAAUGCCUUUUCUAGACUGGAUAUGCGAAUCCACGUAAGAAUCCCUGGGGGUGUAGACAGCUUUUGCAUCGAUGAGCGAGGAGACAAACGACAUGCCUCGGACGAAUUGUGGCUUGAAACCUAUCUCUGCAGCGUUCUGCGGGCGUACUCUUAUGCAGACGAUGGCAGUGGAGAUACAAUUAGGAAAAUAAUGGGGGUCCGCAGAUUCAACCCAGUUACAACGACAGAAACCGAACAUCGUUUUUUGCAGGCAGCAGAGCAGUUGUUUUUCCGAGGCUGGCAGCUUGGAUCCGAUUCCGUCGUUCAGGUCCCGAAUAAUGUUUCUAACCAUCUUACUGCUGGGCUUCUGAAAUACUUCCACACCACCGGGCGAUUUGCUUCAGGAAUCAACUUAUUCGAAAAGCUACGAUCGAAAAACGUGGAAGUAUCUUCUUUGCUCGCGAAAGUUCUAUUAAUGGGUAACGAGGAAGUGCAAGCGGUCCGAGUCCUCCAUGAUUCGAUAAAACAAUCUCCGAUGGACUACGUGAUGCUAGACACACAAGCGGAAUUUUUAAAGAAGAAGGCGCUGAACCCGAAUACACCCGAGCUUAAGCAAGAGCGAUUGAAGAUGGCUCUUGGUUGUGCGGACCGGAGUACUGUUGCUGCGCCAAGUGAGUUUGGUACAUGGGCAAGACUUGCUGAAGUCUAUGUCUCCAUGGAAGACUGGGAAAAUGCAUUGACAACCCUCAAUUCGUGCCCUAUGUUCACAUACCAGGAUAAGGAUGCCCCAAUGAUGCCGGAACCGAAGGAAAUUUUCCUCCCAACAUUACCAGAAACUCGCCUGGACGAAAUUGAUAGCGAACCAGAGUCAAAAUACGGUGAACAAAUCCAUCCUAGUCUGUUGAGUUUACGAGCUGCACAAUACCGAGGAACGUUUAAGCAAGCAUACAGUAUUUUGACAGAAAUGACGGCGAAAAUCGGUUGGGAUCAACUACUCAAGAUUAGAAGUAAUGUAUUCGUGAUGGAAGAAGAGUACCGCAGUGAGAGCAAACCAGCUCCUGGCCCACAAGGUGAUGCCGAAAAAAGAAGCGCAAGCACCGAUGUACUGAGAGGAAGUCCAGGUCCUCCUAUAAACGGCGAUGAUCACACUGAUGACGGGAAGAGCGCCACUGGAGAGUCUACGGCGCCGACCCUCGUAGCAGAAAAUGGUGUAACGGACUCAGGGGCUGAGGAAUCGGUCGAGAAACCAUCACACACAGUCACGCCAGAGGAGGUGAAGGGUGGUAAUGAAGAUGCGGAGGCGACGGAAGAGCAACUCUCACGAUUCAACAACAAGCGAUUAUGCGAGCGUUGGCUCGACAGCCUCUUCAUGGUCCUUUACGAAGAUCUCCGUAUUUACACAAUAUGGCGAACUGAGAUGGCCCAAUACCGAGCACAGUCAUUACACUACAAGAAAUCCGCUGAGGAGUGGGAAAUUCUUGGUUCUUUAGCAGAGCGACUCCAUCAUCAAGCAGAAGCCGUAGAGGCUUUCCGCGCAUGCUUGUCUAUUCGGUUUUCACCCAAAGCACUGUCAGGCAUCUUAGCAGAUUUUGAGAAAGACAAGAAUACGCGCGAGACGGUAGCAUCUGUCAUCAGACUUGUCACUUGGCAGUACAGAUGGUACUCUGAGUUCUCUCCGGAAUUACUCUUGACUAUUCGAACUCUUAUUGAGGAUGAGGGCGCCGUCAAGGUCAGAAGUAUCAUUCAGGCUACCAGUCUGCCGCAAAAUGUUCUUGACUUGACACACCAUUACGCGGCGCUCUGUGCGGCAUUCAGGAGUAGUGGUACCGAAGGAUAG